CCUUUCAGCAUCUCUGGCACUCGGGAAUUUCUGAGACCCCUUGUGCACAGUCAAAUUUUUCGAAGGGUUUAUUAUACAGAGCCAAAAGGGGCAUUAAAUAACUUCCAGAAUUACCAUUCUGGAUUAGUAUUCAUAAGUUAUUUGAAACGUAAUCGUCGACGAAAGUUAUCGAGUAGAAAAAUGAGUCGCAACGAGGUGCAACGACUGGAAUUCACUCACGGUGUUAUUUGUUGUCUCAUAUUGAUGAUACCGUUCAGCACAGCCGAAAUUGACCAGAGAAAUUCGAGACAAUCGAUCGAUGAAACGAAAGAAAGCGUGGCAACGAGCAUGAGUAAAGACUGCGGGAAGUCCUACAGUGCAACGUGUCUUAAACUCGAUGUUGUUUCGUUCUUUGAUAAAUUAUCCGAAAAAAAAGACAUAGGCAUUCUGCCCGGUGUCUCGGUCGUCAAAGAAAACGGCUCGAGCGACGUGCCCGCAUCCGAAAUCGUGGCUAAUCUCGCGAGAGAUUUCCCCAACGACGUUGAUCGACGUCUCGACGCUUAUCUCGUUCACAAAGUUGGCAGCUACCUCAACACUCAUGCCAUAUCCAUCAAACUUUUCGAUCCAAACACCUUCGAAGCUGCCAGAAGCUUCAAUGAAGAGACGCUCUCUCAAUUGGGGCUGUUUGGCGGAUCUGCGUCAGAGACUGGUCGUAAGAAAGAUAAGGGCAAUAACGCUCUGAUGGCUGGUCUCAUGAUGAUGAAGGCAACCCUCGGAGCGUUAGGAUUCGGUGCCCUCGCUCUUCUUGCUGGAAAAGCUUUAAUGACAGGCUUGAUGGCGCUUAUGUUGUCUGCGAUCGUCGGUUUGAAAUCACUGGCAAGUGGUGGUGAAAAGAAAACUACUUACGAAAUCGUAAGCAAGCCGGUCUACUCGUCGUCUCACACUCACAGUAGCGAGGAUCAUCACAGUGGACAUGGCGGCUAUGGACACUCGGGUUAUGGAAGAUCGUUGGAUUUGUUACACGAGAACGUACAAGAGGCUGUUCGAAAAUAUGGAAAUGUUCGAGAUCGUCGAGCGAUUUAAUCAUUUUUCUAGUACCAUUUUGUUCAUCAUUUAUCAUUGAACUUGUGAAACCAACACUCGAACUGUAUCCUAAAGUCCACGAUCUUCAUGUCAUCGUUAAUUUAUUCAUUCUCAUCUUAUCUACUGCAUUCCUACUUCCUCACACAUUUCUCUAGCCCCUUUGUCAGUUACAGUUAAAUCCUGCAUAGGCACGUCGAUUCGGCACGUGAGCGUCUCCCAAAUAAAAUCGUUGUUAGGUUAUCAUUAGUUUGUAGUCGUUGAGUAAGCGAAAGCCCUUGAACUCGUUAACGCCAUUUUGUUUGUACAUGUUUUGUUUUCUUGUUUUUCGCUGUGCGAUGUAUUUAUUUCUACUCAUGUGACGUUGUGCAAUAAAAAAAUUAUGAUUGUUUGUCACACCA